UGACAAGCUAAUUCAAGAACUGAGCCUCCAUGCAAACACAUUGAACUGUCAAUCAACAGAUUAGAGCCUUCAUGAUGGCAGAUUCGUCACAACUGCCACAGACUGCCAGAGAUGCAAUGAUUCUACUGCCUGAUGUAUGGAAUAUACUUAUUGACCCUUCCAAAAAGGUUGUAGAUGACACUUGUCUGGAGAAGCUCUUAUCCUGGAUGGUUGAGCUUGCUGACUCGCCAGCAACCUUAAAGAACCUUUUAGAUGAGACAAGUGUCAUCCUUGGAUUCCUGCAGAAGUCACUCAAUCCAGACUGCAACUCAACAACCCAAGUCUUCGCAUUGAGACUCUCUGCUAUUCUACUGAAUUCAUUGAAUGGAAUCUCAGUCAAGACACAGCUUCCUUAUCAUCUUCCCAAAGAAAAGCAAGGAUUCCAAGCCGGUAAAAAGUCUGGCUUCAACAGGAAUUCUGAUGACCUGCAGUGCAAGUACAUUGGUGUCAUCAUUGACUUGGUUGAUGAGCAUCUCACUGGCUCUUUCAAGUCAGCCAGUUGGCAGAAAGCUUCCAUACGAACUGCCUGGUUUGAAUCGGCAAGAGCACUUGUCGGCUGUAAAUGCCCCUCUGACAUCAUACAGAGACAAGGUAUCUUGGAUAUAACUUUUCAAUCUUUGGAAGACAAUUGCUUGUUUGUUAUUUCUGCUGCACAACAGUUCUUGGCUGAUUUGAUAACAGCAAUGUACACCUGUAGCAAUCGACUACCUUCAUCUCUUGACUCCAUGAUGCAAAGUACAGAUACAAACACCAGUUGUCAACACAAUUUGGAAAUGUCAAACAGUCAACAAGCAGCGUUGGCUCGGGAUUAUACAGAGGAAUAUCAAGAACCUCUGUGUAAAAGAAGCAGACUUGAUCAUGGUGAUGACAAGCCAAUCAAGAAGCCAAUUUGUGACUGCCAAAGCUACCUUAAAACAUGUCUGAAAAGGAUGACAGAUAUUAUGACUCCAGUGAAACCAGUUCAACCAAGAUUGGGUACAAACAACUGUCUAAUUAAACUGAGGACUGCAAUCAUGGGAGUAUGGAUCAGACUACUGGAGUCACAGCCGCUCAUUGCCCAGGCUAUCUUAACAGACAUUUCUAUAGUAGCAAUCAUAUCAGAACUUCUGCAGCAUAGAUCCCAUACAUCAUUUGAUAUGUGCACCACCAUUGCUGAAUUCAUGUCAUUGUUUCUGCAAGCACUUCAUGAUAGAAAUGCAUGUAGUGAUAUACAUGUAGGAAGUAAGCUUGUGGCUGUUAUGAUUGGGCUUCCUGUGAAACUAAUGAAUAUUCAUCACUUCAAAGCUUCUAUUCAGCUAGCAUCAGACCUCUACAGUAACACACAGUUGUCAAAGGUGAAAGGACAAAGUUCCCAGUUCCAACUGUCUAAUGAAGAUGGUGCAUCUUUAUUGAGACUUGUGAUGCUUCCUGUAGACUGCUUACACAUCCCAAGUGAGUGUCAUCCAACCAUCCCAGGAUCAUCUUCACUGUUCAGUAUCUACAAAGAAUAUCUGCUUAAGGAAAUGAUGCAACAUAAAUGUCAGUGUCUAACACUUCUGUGUCAUUCAUUGUCUGCCAUGCAAAGAUUGAUUGAUAGGGGAUUGUAUCAUGUCAUAAGCCAGCACACCAACCUUGUGGACCAAACAACUUACAUACUGAGUUUGACCCUAGGUCAUAGGUCACAUCAAGUCAUCACUGAUUCACUGAUGAGGUGUCAUUUACGGGGAUCUAUCAAAGUUACAAAGGCUGCAUUAGGUGUAGCAAUGACAACAGUGGCAUCAACAACUGAGGAUGCGUGUAACUCCAAGUUGCCAGAAGCAUCUUUGAUGACCUUGUUUCUUCAGCUGAUUGCGGUUUUAAAAAAUCCAGAGUCAGACCCUACUGUUGUCUCCAAGUGCUUUGAUGUUCUUGGCCUGUUGCUUCCUACGUGUUUUGUGAAGCUAAAGCAUACGGAACUUACAAUAACUCUAGCAGAAACUGUGACAAAGAGGAUGUGUGACCCGCAAUGGGCAGUCCGAGAUUCAGUCAUAAGUUUCCUGCAAAGACUGCUGAGGUCUCCAACUGAUGAAUUAUGUAGCUGGUUCAAGUGUCACAGGUUGCAUGUACGGAUUCUGGAAUGCAUUCAGGAUGGAGAAAGCUUUGUCAGGGCAACUGCAAUGAAUGCACUGGUUGAUAUCUCAAAACAAGAAGACCUGUGGAAGGAUUUGUUGCAAACCACUGGAAAGUCCGAGAUUGUGUUGGUGGGGGAGUUCAUCAACUUUCUUCUUGAUGACAGCCCAGGAUUUCUUCGACGAGCCACUGUUAACACAUAUACACAGUGGCUCAAGGUGUUUCCAUGGCUUGAGACUGGUCUUCCUGGGAGAUUACAGGGUUCCACUGAUGAGGCAUGUGUGAGAAUGCCACAAAGUAAGGACAACAAGCUGGCAAACAGAAAUGCUACAGAGUUUGCUGAGGAGUCAUCUGUGGCAUCCCAGAUACGGAGUGCUGUCUCCACAGCUAUGUUUGAUCUUGAUUGGGAAGUCAAGCAUGGAGCUUUGAUAUUCUGGCAAACUCUUCUUGAAAUGUGCACACCAGUUAGAAUUAACACUACAUCUGAUGCAAACGAAAGGGAAGAAACUGAUCAAGAAAAACUCCAGAACUCUGAAGGAAAGGAUUUGUGUGAAGUUACCAAAGGUACUGAUGAUCAGCCAGCUAAACCAAUGUUUGAAUUUUUGCAAUUUCUCAAAGAGGAAGUACUUAUUGGAAAACUUGUUGCGGUUUUAGAGGAUGAAGACCCAACAGUGGCAAGAAGGGCAUGCCAGAUGCUCCUGAACUUAUACAAUUGCCUUCCAAAAGAGAUGACAGUUGAUAAAAUGGAUGCUUCUGACAUGGUAACGUUCAUGAAGAAAAUGCAAGGGGAACUAGAAAUGUUAAACCUAAAAGAACUGCUGGACGAGAAAACCAAAUUGAUGGAUACUAAUGGAAAGAAUCCACUCUCAUUACUUCAAGACAUUCUUACUGGCACUGAAGAAAAUGAUUGUAAAUUCUUAGAUUGCUAUUGAAUGUAUUGUAAACACUUUUGUAGACUGUUUAUAUCAUAACCAUACAGCUAAGGAUUGAAUAUGUUGAUGAAACACACGCAUUCAGUUACGGUAUUUCUGCAUAGUUAAAUUCAGAGUUAACUUAUGCUCCAUAAAUUCUGAUUGUAAACAAGUCAAUUAUAUAUCACAUUUUGAAAAAGAUCAAACUCUAUUAUUUUUUUCAGUUCUCUUUUUAAGAGCUAAUGCUUGAACAUUAGAAAUAUUGGUGUUAUCCCCUUUUCCUCUGAAUUCAACACUCAGUGUUGCUUAUCUUGCAGGUUCACUGCACCCUGGAGGCUUUUGUAGGUUCAGGACAUUUUCCAACCAAAUUUCCAAGGGAUGGAGUUAACGAAAUCAAUUGAACUACAUUCCUUCAUUUUGUAAUUUACACUUUUGAUGAAAAUUGAAAUUUGACUGCGGCAAAAGAAUGGGGAACCAAAAGGUCAAUUUUAAGCUAAAAACAAAACAAUAUCAUGAUUUUAAGUGACAAGGAACAAUUUGCAGUGGUGUGUAACUAAUAAGGCAGGAUGCAUGGGGGCAUGGGUCUUCCCACUUGAGUCCUGCCCCCCCCCCCCUUUCAGAAUCUGGGAAAGGCAACAUGAGCUUUUCAUUGUUGAAAUGAAAACGAUGCUCCAAUUAAAGCCACUCCCAUUAUUGAUGGUUAUUGUUAAAUGGAAGGCAACACUUUAAAGUCUAGUUUCCCACUUUAUUGUGCAAGUGCUUUCCAAUAAUUAUACUUCAAGUUUUAGUCCUUUAAAAUAUUGCCAGGGUUUGUUGAUAAAGGGAUUUGAGAAACACUUAAAUCGCACAAGUUUUAAAUAGAUUGUCCAGAACAGGUGUGCAGUCCAAUCAAACAAAAAAAGCCUUAAAAAUUGCCCUCUGCUUGAAGAAAUAGACUUAAUUCACGUUCCUCAAUAGUAGACCGAUUUUGUAUUUAUGGCUGUGGUUGUCAAAUAUGCUAAUAAAUAACAUACCAAAGAAAGUAUCCAAAAAAAUUACACAUUUCAGAGUACAUGUGUAUGUAUUUUACCCAAAUUUAGGAGAAUAAGCCAGUUCGGUACCUCGCUGAAGUAGUCCAUGUCAAAGGUCUUCGGGAUAAAAUCACUGACGUGAUGAUACGUGUUGUUACAUGGACGCCCAUUCUGCUCGUAAUUACGAUCGUGCGACCGUCUCCGCAUGUGUUCAUACGCAUAUGCCUUCGAUUAUCCCGAAUGACCCGUAAACCCUAUCAUUGUGCGCAUGUGUAGUUGAAAUACCGAACUGGCUUAUUGUAUUAAACAAUUCUCCGGAAAUGUUGACAGAGGCUAGAUUGUUGUACCAUUUCAAAUAUGACUACGCUAAAUUGUGCUCCAAUUCCCAUGGCACUAAACCAGACAGUAGCCAAGUGGACAGUUGUAUCAAGAAUUCCUUUUUUUUACCUGAACAAACUUCAAUAAAAAAAAAACCACCGGCAUAAAUGAGGCAGUUGAUGAUUUUGACCUUCCACACAUAGCAACAUCAGUAGAAAUUGAGAACACCCACUGGUAAUGCCACUGGUGCAAAACCCCUUAGGAUAUUUGGUGUUCCAUACAGCUAUGCCAUAGGGCUUGUGUAAAAAAUGUUUUGCUAUGCUAGGGAUUGGGCAGGAUUUCUGAAAUGCUCUCGUCAAAUAGUGAACAUAAAGUAUUCAAUAAAACCCAGACAUCAGGCAGUCUUCAA